CUUCCUGCAAGACCAUAGGUUUCCCUCAGGAGUCAUCAGACCUUCUACUUCUCCAUCUACGGGGCUGACAAGAGAUCCCUUCAGACUCCUCCGCCCUGCCACAGAAGGGGAGGGGACCUUUGCUCUGAAGAUUUAAAAAGGGACCCCCAAACCACUAGGAGAUCUUAUAACACUCGAUCUCAAGUAAGAAGACUACAGAUUUGCAGCUGAACUAAGUAUGAAGGGACUGCGUAAACUGACAGCAUCUGUGAUGGCCCUCUUCCUUGCAGCAUCCUUCAUAUCUUUCUCCUGGAGUGCUCCUCAGGAUCAUUUCCAAAGGAGAAACUGGACACCUCAGGCUAUGCUCUAUUUAAAGGGUGCACAGGGACGUCGAUUCAUCUCAGAUGAGAGCCAGCGAAAGGAUCUGUAUGACAGAAUGCAACUUGAAACACGUAGCCAAAACACAAAUCCUUUAUCUCUUCCUGAAGCUGCAGCCCUAUUUCUUAGUUCCUUACAGAAAGGACAAGAAGAAGUUGAAGAAGAAACCAGUGAUCACCCUGGAUACUUGACAGAUAAUCUAUCAAACUGGUGAAAUAUUUCAAAUUUCUGUAGCAUUCAUGUUGUAUAAACACUGAAAUCAUGUUUUGUGUGAACAGAACAUUUAUUUUCUUUGAUCUCCACUUAAGUUCCAAAAGAAUGAUGUAUACAUUCGUUCCAACAUUUCGAAAGCAAAUUGAUUAAAAGUGACCAGUUCAGCUAAGAAAUUAUUUGCAAAGUUCCAGUCUUUUUUGGACCAUUCCGCAUAUGUCACCUGAAAUUUAAAAUCCACUGUACCAUCUUAGCUGAAAGGAUGAUUAAAAUUGUCUUUUUAGACAACUAUGUCAUUAAAACAAUUUUCAACAGUCACUGGAAAACCUUUUACCACUUUCCACCUGGCUCUGUUUUAAAACCUUUUUAUUUCUUACUCCUUCACCACUUCAUUGUUGGCCCUGUAUUUUGUUGAUCUUCCAAAUAAGUCAUUAAGAUAUGACAACAAUCAUGCUAUUCUUGGCAGCAAAGCAGGUCGUUUCUUCCGGGGAAACCUGUCACCAUAGAGAACAGGCAACAGCGCUUUCUGAGACCUCAGUGCUGCCCCAGCAUUACACACACUCUCAACUGUAUACCCAGAACAGUCCUAUUGAACAGCUCUCACCACAUAAAGAUAGCACGUGGAUAGCUCUUACCAGGAUCAGGGCUUCAUUAACGACCGUGGCGUAUGGUUGCUACUGCUGUCAGG